AUGGUCAGCUCGGGUCCCAUCCCGUCCACCGAGACCGCUCCUGACCGGUCCGAAGACUUCAACCGGGACCUGCCACGAUCCCCGCACUACUGCACCCUGGAACCGGACCCCACUCAGACUCAGGCGGGUCCUCAGACUCAGGCGGGUCCUCAGAUUCAGGCGGGUCCUCAGAUUCAGGCGGGUCCUCAGUCUCAGGGGGGUCCUCAGACUCAGGGAGGUCCUCAGACUCAGGCGGGUCCUCAGACUCAGGCGGGUCCUCAGACUCAGAGUAAGGACUUUGUGACGUAUCCGAAACUGAAGCUGAAGGUUUUGAUCCGAGACAAACUGAUGAAAGACGGAAUUGACCUGAGAGACGCACCGUACACACAAGAGGAUUAUGUCAUGAAUCCUUCAAUUUGUGACGUACGAGUGUAG